GCUGAUCAAUCACAGAGCAUAUUCAUUUCGCGUGCGGGGUGCAUCAGUUAGUGCGAAAGGGAAGGGCGUCGAAUUUCGAAAAAAACAACAACUCAAAAGUAUCCUGGACCAUGAGCAAUCGGUUGCAUGGUAUUAUGGUUCUGUGAUUAAUGGGGCCGGUUCGCAUGGAGUAUUACGGACAGGAUUACAAGCAGAGUACAUACAGGCGAGAUAGACGUUAGAUAUAUGGAGUCUGUGCGCAUGAUAUACAGCAUUGCCAGCUUGAAAAGUGGAGGAGAGAAUCAAGGCAUUCUUCGCACCAGCAUGUGUAUCCAGAAACGUCAGCAAUCAAAUGCUACCGAGGAAGUGACAGCACUUUUAGGCGCGAAAGAUGACAGCUCGCAGAUUACUGUCUUUGACAAUCAAGAGAUUACCAUUAAACAGAGUUGCCGGCAGACCGAGCUUCCAACUUCUCCCUCUCUCGCUAAGAUGCAUGAUCACUGUACGACUCUCGCUUGCAACCUCGGAGAUCUAGGACUAAGAGGACCCCCACUUGCUGGGCAAAUGCACGCGAUCAGAGCUACGGACGUCUCUUACGAGGUCGUGCAUUCACGUGUUUGGGAGCGGCGAUGUCCUGUGGUGACACGUCUACGUGGAAGAAUACAUGAUCGUCCUGCGUCCAUCGUGUACGGCAAAGGUUCGCGAGAUCUGAGUUGCUAGUGUCGGCUUAGACCCUUAACGUGCAGCUUGGGAUUCUGAUAUCUGGAUCCUUGCCCAUAGCAUUGCUCUCUCGCAGUGUUGGCAAUAAUGCAGCUAGGCACGACUUGAUCGUGUGACCCCGUUCAAAAAAGCGGCAGAGGCGCUGAGAUGCGAAUGCGGAUAUUGCAGCUGCAUGUAUACCAUUGAUGGCGCAACGAAACGUGAAGCUCGC